ACGUAAUCUCACAGUAUGUAAAACCUCACAAACGAAGCCCUAGAUCCACAUGCCCUCUCGUCUAUAAGUAGGAAGCAAUUCGUGGCCCUUAGACUGCUUUACAGAUUAUCGCCUGGCCGCUAAGCACUCUCAACCAAGAAUCAUUUUAACAUUACAAUAUGGGUAAGGAGAAGUUUCACAUCAACAUUGUGGUCAUUGGCCAUGUCGACUCUGGAAAAUCGACCACGACUGGGCAUUUGAUCUAUAAGCUUGGAGGUAUUGACAAGCGUGUUAUUGAGAGGUUCGAGAAGGAGGCUGCUGAAAUGAACAAGAGGUCAUUCAAGUAUGCUUGGGUGUUGGACAAGCUGAAGGCUGAACGUGAGCGUGGUAUUACCAUUGACAUUGCCUUGUGGAAAUUUGAGACAACCAAGUACUACUGCACUGUCAUUGAUGCCCCCGGACAUCGUGACUUCAUCAAGAACAUGAUUACCGGUACAUCGCAGGCUGACUGUGCUGUCCUCAUUAUUGACUCAACCACUGGUGGUUUCGAAGCUGGUAUUUCCAAGGAUGGUCAGACCCGUGAGCAUGCCUUGCUUGCCUUUACUCUUGGUGUCAAGCAGAUGAUAUGCUGCUGCAACAAGAUGGAUGCCACAACCCCUAAAUACUCCAAGGCAAGGUACGAUGAAAUUGUUAAGGAAGUCUCAUCCUAUUUAAAGAAGGUUGGGUACAACCCUGACAAGAUCCCCUUCGUCCCAAUCUCUGGUUUUGAGGGCGACAACAUGAUUGAGAGGUCAACCAACCUUGACUGGUACAAGGGCCCUACCCUCCUUGAGGCGCUUGACUUGAUCCAGGAGCCCAAGAGGCCCUCGGACAAGCCCCUCCGUCUGCCACUCCAGGAUGUGUACAAGAUUGGUGGCAUUGGAACCGUCCCAGUCGGACGUGUGGAGACUGGUAUCAUAAAGCCUGGUAUGGUGGUGACCUUUGGACCAACCGGACUGACAACUGAAGUUAAGUCUGUUGAAAUGCACCAUGAAGCUCUCCAGGAGGCCCUUCCUGGUGACAAUGUCGGCUUCAACGUGAAGAACGUUGCUGUGAAGGAUCUGAAGCGUGGUUUUGUUGCUUCCAACUCCAAGGAUGAUCCUGCCAAGGAGGCAGCUAACUUCACCUCCCAGGUCAUCAUCAUGAACCACCCUGGUCAGAUCGGCAAUGGUUAUGCUCCAGUGCUCGACUGCCACACCUCCCACAUUGCAGUGAAGUUUGCUGAGCUGUUGACCAAGAUUGACAGGCGAUCUGGUAAGGAGCUGGAAAAGGAGCCAAAAUUUUUGAAGAACGGUGAUGCAGGGAUGGUAAAGAUGAUUCCAACCAAGCCAAUGGUUGUUGAGACUUUCUCAGAGUAUCCACCUCUUGGUCGUUUCGCUGUGAGGGACAUGCGCCAGACUGUGGCUGUUGGUGUCAUCAAGAGUGUCGAGAAGAAGGAUCCAAGUGGUGCCAAGGUCACCAAGUCUGCUGCUAAGAAGAAGUGAAUCGUGCAGGUUCCUCAAAUUUUGGCGUGUCAUGCCUACCAUAAUAUUGAAAAUGCUGAUGAAAGAAACUUGGGCAGUAUUUGCGCUGCUUUAGGACGUUGCUUGUUUUAUUUUACAAGUCGAAGUAAUAUGCUUUCGUUGUUAGGUACCCCGACUCAGAAUUGGGUACUUGAUCGGCGGUGGCACGUGUAUGUUCUAGUCAUGAUGUUUGUGUUUGUUUCCUUGUCAUGAUCUGUCGAUGUCCUUCAGUUAUUCUGAGGCCACCAGCGCAGAUGUUUUGUUAUGGUUUUGCUUAUUGUAAACUCGGUUUUGCUUAAAUACUUUUUUUUAAAUAACCGGAGUCCCAUGCUUUCUUAA